GUACGUGAUUAGAUUUUCUUGCAAACAACGGGCGGACAUCUUGGAUGCGGUAUCCAGUUCUUAUAAUACUUCGAUUUACGUGACAUAUUGAUUCAUUUUGUUAGCUAGGUAGCUAGCUAAGCUAACUAACCACUACGAAUAUUAGAUUGCAGUGAAAUCACAUGCCCUACAGUCUUUUUUGAAAUCAUAACAUAGUAAUGUCUGGAAGCGCAGGAGAAUGGUGUCUUAUGGAAAGUGAUCCUGGUGUUUUCACAGAAUUGAUCAAAGGUUUUGAUGGGCAACUUUGAUGGAGGUGGGGGCCACAAAAAAACGGAACUCGUCAUGAGGCCGCAGUGGGUCUUCAUAUCCAUAUCCCCCCGUGACAGUUGUAAAGGAGCUCAGGUGGAAGAAAUAUGGAGUAUGGAACCAGAGAACUUUGAAAACCUCAAACCAGUUCAUGGGUUGAUCUUCCUGUUCAAGUGGCAACCAGGUGAGGAGCCAGGAGGAUCUAUCGUUCAGGAUUCAAGGCUUGACAACAUCUUCUUUGCCAAGCAGGUGAUAAACAAUGCAUGUGCUACCCAGGCCAUUGUGAGCGUGCUGCUGAACUGUACCCACUCUGACAUGCUGUUGGGAGAGACACUCACAGAGUUCAGAGAGUUUUCACUCAGCUUUGAUGCAGCUAUGAAAGGUCUGGCUCUCAGCAACUCUGAAGUUAUUCGACAAGUUCACAACAGCUUUGCCAGACAGCAGAUGUUUGAGUUUGACGCCAAGUCUUCAGCAAAGGAUGAGGAUGCGUUCCAUUUUGUGAGCUACGUCCCUGUCAACGGCAGGCUCUAUGAGCUGGACGGCCUACGUGAAGGACCCAUCGACCUCGGUGUAUGCAACCAGGACGAUUGGAUCAACGCAGUUCGGCCAGUGAUUGAGAAAAGAAUACAGAAGUACAGUGAGGGAGAGAUCCGCUUCAACCUGAUGGCCAUUGUGUCCGACAGGAAGAUGAUUUACGAGAGGAAGAUAGCCGAACUACAGAUCCAGCUAACAGAGGAAGAGCCAAUGGACACAGACCAGAGCAGCACCCUCCUCAGCUCCCUCCAAUCAGAAAUCGCAAAGUAUCAGCUGCUGAUCGAUGAGGAGAAUCAGAAGCUCCAACGAUACAAGAUCGAAAACAUCCGACGAAAGCACAACUACCUACCCUUCAUCAUGGAACUACUGAAGACACUGGCAGAAUACCAGCAGUUGAUACCAUUGGUGGAAAAGGCAAAAGAGAAGCAGAGUGCCAAAAAAGUCCAGGAAGCAAAGUGACCCCACAAACACACGCACUUGUCAGUCAUCUUAUUCAUGUGAAAGGCCAUGGACCCUCUCCCCACAAUUGUAUCCUGUGACCCCCGCCAGACACAAGCACAGGCGGUGGGACAGAGAACUGUGUUCACUGUCCCACCCAGGUCUACCCUUCAGCUGUAAUGCAUGCCUGGAAAGAUAUGUUUAAAUGGGCUUGUCUUAUUUUCAUAAUAAAAUGUUUAGAUGUUCAAA